UGCGUAAGGAUCAAUUGCGCAGACGCAUCCGCUUUACACACUGGGCCACUGUGAUUCGACAUUUCUUUCGUUAUAAAACAAGAUCACCAGCGUUGAGGAUGAUCCACUUUGUGUUUGACCGCUCGGCACGGUACCCACAUUCGAAGGGGCUUUUCUCUCUGAAGACACACAGCCGCCCAUCACAAGAAACCAUGCAGCUCUUUGUAGCAGUUUUGUUGUGUGUUGUCGUUACAAACUGUGCGGCACACUCCACCAACCUGGCACUCUUCACACCGUACGUACCGGUACACCCGCUCGAUGAAGGAUACUUCCCACGGACCCGCUAUUUCGAGAACUUGGAAACGGACCUUCUACAGGAACAUCCGAUUGUGCGCUUUCCCGACACUACACACUCACAUCCUUACUUUCCCACGGAACCACUGCCGCACUUCCCACACCAACAGUCGCACCCACAGCAAUACUUUCACCAGCCCACCCAACACCAGCAGGAUCUGUUCCUGCCCGACGAUCGAUACCUUAGCUUUAUCGCUCCCUCCUCGUCGCUCGUGGCGUACGUCCCGGUGCACCGUGGUAAGCCGGGCCCCUGGGCAGUGCCGAACGUGUUCAUCAAGGGCCAAGGCUACAGCACCAACCACUACGUUGCACCGGCGCUCAUGAAGAAGGUUCUCGCACAGGACCCACGCUAAUGCCUGAAAGCUUCUCAAACAAAUCAACGCAAAUCAGUUACCAGCCAGUGUUGUGUUCCGGUGGGAGAGUUCUGCGAGAAAUACAGCUGUUUAUUGAC